GUAGAUUUGAAUAUCAAAGACUUCAUUGAUCAUACGGCAUCGUCGACUUCAGGAUGUUUAGCAGGACGAUUAGGAAGUCCUUAUUGGACGUAAGGAUACCAAGUGCAACACUUCCACCUACCUCCCUCCUACCAAGUCGAGUACGCUUCUUUAAUUCUACAACACAACAUGUCGAAUCGCCCAUCGAGAACAGCAAUGCUAGCCCAUUAUCCUCAACAGCAUCUUUAAAGCCAGUAGAUUCCUCAAUCGCAUCUUCGAAACCGGUCGUGCCAUCUCCCAGCAUUGCGCCACUGUCAUUAUCUCCCUCGGUCAAGGAGAUGCUUCCAUUUCUCACUGCCCAACCAUCACACUUCAUAACUACACACAUUUACAGUCGGCCAUACCUUGUGACUGUAGGAGACACAGUACGACUGCCAUUUCGCAUGCCAGGUGUAGUGCCUGGGGAUGUUUUACGCCUCAAUACCGCUUCGAGCAUUGGUUCGAGAGAUUACACCUUGAAAGGAACGCCUUAUUUGGAUGAAAGGAUAUUUGAGUGCAGGGCGAGAGUUAUGGGCACAGAGGCGGAACCAAUGAGGACCAAAGAGAAGACGAAAAGAAGGAACAGAAAAAUAAAAACUGUGAAGAGCAAGCACAAGUACACGAUUUUGAGAAUUGCUGAGCUCAGGGUCAAGUCUGUGGAGGAAAUUGAAGGUUAAAUUCAGUCUUGGGGCAUCAAGAUCAUGUGCGCUUUCCGGUUAACUCAGUCGAGACCGGCAUGGGACUGAUACCAGAGUCAAGAGACGGCGGCCACUGGAUAUCAAUAUGCAAUUGCAUUGCAAAUAUGCAUAACAACCUGUUCUCGUCAGGGAAUUAUAGUCUUCUUACUCUAUCAUUGGAAUGAGGUUAAUGUACUACUAUAUCAGAGACACUCUGGACCAGAGUAUGCAGAUUUUAAAUAAAAUAUGCAACUUUAUCAGCAAAUUG